AUGGCAUCUGAGCUCAACCGCAAUAGGCAUGAGUCGUCCUUGUGGAAGGCACGAUACGCACCUGAGAAACCCGUGGCACUUCCACUCGUUCUUGAAGAUGAAAUACGUACAGGAACGAGGGCGCGCAUCGUCAAAUGCCCAGGACACGCCAGCUUCCGCUUGCCUGUUCCUUUCCGGCCAGGAGACAUUUCUAUUAAGUAUACCGAAAGAAGGUUGUAA